UAUUGACUCUGAAGGGACCCAAGAUGGCUGAAUACUCACGGGGGGCACUUAGCAAUUAUCUGAGCAAGACGUCUGAAAUGAAUGGCAAAUAGCAUUAUAAUGUAAAGCGCAACCUUGACGUAAUCAUACUACUCAAGUUUACUGGUUUGCGUUUAUUUUUUGGAAUGCCUGAAUAUAAGUAAGGAGAGACUGGUCUCUCCGCGGCCCCGAGCCAGAACAUGGCGGAACACUUGGGGAAGAAGUAGUAGCUAACGCUAGUUAGCUGGCAUAUUAUUUAAGAAAAGUAAAUACGUCAAUUUAACUAUAAAACAGUUUUUGUGUUCUGCAAGUGUGAAAUAAUAUUACCGAUGCACAAUUUAAAUUUAGUUUGUUUAAAUAGGCUCAUUUCACAUUGAAUAUGUGGAGCGUAGGCAGUUAGCGUCCUAGCUAGCUCGUUAGAUUUGAUAGCUAACGUUACCUGCAAGCGUACAGACUGUACCAGUAAGCAGACAUUCUAUUUUGUGAACCAGCGAUCGGGCCAGUGGAGUUCAUUCUAAAUUCUCGUCGCUCAGCUGUAUACUUGGUAGUUUUGUCACAUCUUACGUCCGCUUUUUUGUCGAUUAAUGCAAACGUCAGUGUCCGCGAUGUUAAUUAGACUGUCGUUAGCGCUCUACAGUGGUUUGUGUACCGUUUCUGUGCGGCGCUCACCCGAAUCUCUUGCUAGAUAAGUAUUGAGGCAGUUUGUUAAAACUAAUCACAUGUAUAGUUAGUAAGUGCGGAACUUGUCAGGGACACGAACAGCAUAUUUCUCAAAGUGUUUCACUUUGAAACAGCUUGAAAUAACCAAUAUCCUGGUUGACCUUCUAAAAAGCUAUCAAUACGCCAUUGAAAAAGUUAACAGGUGUUAAAAGUGAGUUGAAGUUGUGGCGUUACUAGGUGAGGUGGACGCCCUGUAAGAGCCCAAGAAGGCCGAAGAGGGGAUAGCAGUUACAGCCAGUUGCCAGGAUGACGGACACCCGUCGACGAGUCAAAGUCUAUACCCUCAAUGAGGACAGACAGUGGGAUGACCGUGGGACAGGACAUGUCUCCUCGGGCUAUGUGGAGAGAUUGAAAGGCACGUCACUACUGGUCCGAGCUGAGAGUGAUGGUUCACUACUUUUGGAGUCCAAAAUCAACCCAAACACAGCCUACCAGAAACAACAGGAUACGUUGAUAGUAUGGUCCGAGGCUGAAAACUAUGACCUGGCACUGAGCUUCCAGGAGAAGGCUGGAUGUGAUGAAAUCUGGGAGAAAAUAUGCCAGGUGCAGGGAAAGGACCCUUCAGUGGACAUCACACAGGAUGUGGUGGAUGAGUCUGAGGAGGAGCGCUUUGAUGACAUGUCAUCGCCAGGUCUGGAAUUGCCCCCAUGUGAACUGAAUCGCUUGGAGGACCUUGCUGAACUGGUGGCCUCUUCACUCCCAUCACCACUUCGCCGUGAGAAACUGGCACUGGCUGUGGAGAAUGAAGGCUACAUUCGGAAGCUUCUGGAACUGUUCCGUAUGUGUGAGGAUUUGGACAACAGAGAAGGAUUGCACCAUUUGUACGAAAUAAUUAAAGGCAUCUUUCUGCUGAAUCGCACUGCACUCUUUGAGGUUAUGUUCUCAGAUGAGUGCAUCAUGGACGUCAUUGGUUGUCUGGAGUUUGACCCUUCACUGCCGCAGCCACGGCAGCAUCGGGAGUUUCUCACUAAGACAGCUCGCUUUAAGGAGGUUAUCCCCAUCUCUGAUCCUGAACUGCGUCAGAAAAUCCACCAGACGUAUCGUGUGCAGUAUAUUCAGGAUAUGGUGCUGCCUACUCCCUCUGUUUUUGAGGAGAACAUGCUGUCCACCCUGCACUCCUUCAUCUUCUUCAACAAGGUGGAGAUUGUGGGCAUGCUACAGGACGAUGAGAAGUUCCUCACAGACCUUUUUGCACAGCUAACAGACGAGGCUACAGAUGAUGACAAAAGACAUGAACUGGUAAACUUCCUAAAGGAGUUCUGCGCAUUCUCACAAACAUUACAACCUCAAAACAGAGACGCUUUCUUCAAGACAUUGUCAAACAUGGGCAUUCUACCUGCACUGGAGGUCAUUCUGGGGAUGGACGAUGUUCAAGUGCGUGGGGCAGCCACAGAUAUCUUCUCUUAUCUGGUGGAGUACAACCCCUCCAUGGUACGAGAGUUUGUCAUGCAGGAAUCUCAGCAGAAUGAUGAUGACAUCCUCUUGAUCAACCUGAUCAUAGAGCACAUGAUCUGUGAUACAGACCCAGAGCUUGGUGGAGCAGUGCAGCUAAUGGGCUUGCUACGUACUCUGGUGGACCCAGAGAACAUGUUGGCAACUGCAAAUAAAACUGAAAAGACAGAGUUCCUGAGCUUUUUCUACAAGCACUGUAUGCAUGUCCUUUCAGCUCCACUACUAGCCAACACCACAGAAGAAAAACCCAGCAAAGAUGAUUUUCAAACAUCACAGUUGCUUGCCUUGAUUUUGGAGUUGCUAACAUUUUGUGUUGAGCACCACACGUAUCACAUCAAGAACUACAUCAUCAAUAAGGAUAUUCUCAGGAGGGUAUUGGUGCUCAUGGCCUCUCAGCAUGCCUUUUUGGCACUAUGCGCCCUGCGCUUCAUGCGGAGGAUUAUUGGUCUUAAGGAUGAAUUCUACAAUCGUUACAUCAUGAGAAACUUCCUCUUUGAGCCCGUCAUCAAGGCCUUCCUCAAUAAUGGCUCACGCUACAAUCUCAUGAACUCUGCCAUCAUUGAGAUGUUUGAAUAUAUCCGAGUGGAGGAUGUUAAGUCUCUCACAGCUCAUAUAGUGGAAAACUACUGGAAGGCUCUAGAGGAUGUGGACUAUGUCCAGACAUUCAAGGGCUUAAAGCUGCGGUAUGAACAACAACGAGAGAGACAAGACAACCCCAAACUGGAUAGCAUGCGCUCUAUUCUCCGAAACCACCGCAUCCGUCGUGAUGCAAGGACGCUUGAGGACGAAGAGGAGAUGUGGUUCAAUACAGAUGAAGAUGACCUUGAAGAUGGUGAGGCAGUAGUCCCGCCUUCUGACAAGAUGAAAAGUGAGGAAGACCUCAUGGAACCCAUUAGCAAGUUCAUGGAAAGAAAGAAAUUGAAAGACACUGAGGAUAAAGAGGUGAUGGGGAAGUCAAGCUUUUCAGGCAGACAGAAUCCAAGCUUCAAGCUUUCCUUCUCUGGAUCCACUAAAACCAGCCUGUCCAGCCCUCCUUCAUCUGCCUCACUGAAUGCAGGUUCUCCAGGAUCACCAGGUUCUCCGGGCUCAGGGGCACGGAGCUCACCCCCCAACACAACUGUAACCACAAAGGGAGGCUUAGUGGGACUUGUGGACUAUCCUGAUGACGACGAGGAGGAGGAGGAAGAAGAAGAGGAAGAUGGAGAGAGUAAAGAAGACCCUCUGCCACCUACAAAGAAAUCAAAACUGAGUUUGUAAAGGAUCACUUUUGCAGCUGUGCUCUGCUCAGUUUUUAGAGCAUAGACUGUACACAGGAAUGAUCAAACUUGUAAACAAAUUGAAUGAUGAAAGCCACCCCUCAUUGUCAGCGGGUGGCCAAAAGAGGAGCAGACUGUUAUUGAAUAUGAAGCCUCCUCAGACUUGCCCUAUUCAUACAAGUGCCAAUGAGGAGACCAGGAAUGGAAACGGUGUCUGAAAAAUGGAGUAGACGAACGAAAGUUUUGGGGGAGAGAUCUCUUCAUAGAUCUUCAUUGGACUCCGACAGCAUGAGGCUGGUUGGAGUUUGGUAAUUUCACAACUGGAGGAAAAGACCACAUACUAAUACACAUGUACAUGCAGACUGAAAUCCCACAGAGCUCAUGCUCGGACCAUAACUCACUGCCCCUCCCCCUGCCCCCCCACUCAGGGAAGUACAUAACAGCGGCCCAGAUGGGCCGGCCAAUUCAGACCCAGAACCACCAAUCACACCCCAUCCCCUUUUGAGAGUCCACUUCCUCUCUUUCCUUUCUACUUGUUUUCCUUCUCUGCUCUUGUUCCCCUCACUGUCAGUUGCUUUUCGUCCCUUUUUAAGUUAGUAUAUAGGACCAGGUGGGAGGCAGCAUGCGGCAAAGAGCUGUCCUUGUUGUAGUUUGAUGAUGUCAUCAUUGUUGUCAUUCCUCAGAGGAUGUUCUUCUCUGAAGAGAAAAAAAGCCAGCAGUUUCUUUGUUUUCCUUUUGUUCUCUGUCUCAAUAUUUCACCUGUUUUUUGUAAAUGACAAGAAGACCUGCCUUUAAAUGUUCAGGAUGUUUUCAGUCACACUUGAACAGGUUUUUAAAGACCUCAGUAGGUGAGCUAGUUUUACUCUUUUUGCCCUUUGAAACUGCAGAUUUUUUGGAGAAUUUGGAAUCCCAUCUUGAUUAAAGAUUGAGUGGAAUUCUAGAUGUGAUAAAUUUUGUCAUAUCUUUUCUUUUAUUUCUCCCCUUUUACAUGAGUGUACACUUAGUUGUUCAGAAAAUUUGGGACCAUUAAAAAUGAUCUUUGCUGUAA